AAUUCUUUCUCGUCCACUCCGUAAAUUUCUCUCUCUUUCUCUGUUCCUACCUAGAGAGAGAGAGAGAGAGAGAACAGAGCCAUCACCGCCGGCAACAUCUCCGGCAUACCUCUAUCCCCCUGACAUGAUCCACAAUUCCGCCCUCCUCCUCCAUCUGUCGCAAUCCUUUUGAUGCGACGAUUGAAUGCUCGUAAUCGGAUCGCUCCAAAUCCAAACCAAAUGGAUCCAAUAACAACAACAACAAAGAAGCUGCAAAUCCGCUCCACCAAUCUCUUCUCUCGAACCAAUAACAACAAUUACAACGCUUCAAAGUGCAACGCCACGUUCAUAAUUCCACUCUUCUUUUCUUUCCUCCUCAUCUUCUCCUACUACACCUUUUUUUCUUCGUCGGAAACUAGUUUCCGGUACCGUAUUAUUCUCGAUGGUGGAAGCACUGGAACAAGGGUUCAUGUAUUCAAAUAUAGGUUUAAAAAUGCGUUGGAUUUUGGGAAGAAUGGUUUGCAUUCGAUGAGAGUGAAUCCGGGAUUGUCGUCGUUUGCGGAGGAUCCGGAUGGUGCGGGUCGGUCGUUGUCAGAGCUUGUGGAGUUUGCGAAAAGUCGGAUCCCGAAGGAGAGCCGGAGGGAGACGGAGAUUCAGCUUAUGGCUACUGCUGGGAUGAGGAUGCUGGAUGUUGAGGUGCAGGAGAAGAUUCUAGAAUCUUGUAGGAAGGUUCUUCGUUCUUCUGGGUUCAAGUUUAGUGAUGAUUGGGCUUCUGUUAUAACAGGUUCUGAUGAAGGAGUGUAUGCUUGGGUUGUGGCUAAUUAUGCACUGGGAACUCUUGGAGGUGAUCCUUUGGAGACAACUGGGAUUAUUGAACUUGGUGGUGCUUCUGCUCAGGUAACCUUUGUAUCAAGAGAAGCGAUGCUGCCUUUGUUCUCACGGACUGUUAAACUUGGGAAUAUCACUUACAACCUUUACAGCCACAGCUUGCUUCAUUAUGGCCUGAAUGUUGCUCAUGACUCAUGGAGAGAAGCGCUGUUUUCAGGCGAUUUUAACUUGGCUUCUCAAAAUAUUCGGGAGGGGUUGCACAUAGAUCCUUGUACUCCUGCAGGGUACUCUUAUAAUGUUGAUUCAUGGAAGUCCUCUCAUACCUCACACAGUGAAAAAAGUCAAUAUCAGCCCACUGUCCAAACAAGGGGAAACUUUUCAGAGUGUAGAUCUGCAGCAUUGAUGCUAUUACAAAAGGGGAAAGAAUCAUGUUCUUAUGAGCAUUGCGAUGUAGGGUCAACGUUUAUACCUAAGCUUCAAGGGAAAUUUUUGGCUACAGAAAAUUUCUUUCACACAUCCAAGUUUUUUGGAUUGGGGCCACAUGCUUAUCUGUCCAAGUUGAGGACUGCUGGGCAAGAAUUCUGUGCAGAGAACUGGUUAAGGCUGAAGAAAAAGUAUGUCUCCCAUAAUGAGGAAGAUUUACUUCGACAUUGCUUCUCUUCAGCAUACAUUGUUGCUCUGCUUCAUGACAGUCUUGGGAUUGAGAUGGACGAUGAGAGGAUCAAGGUUGCUAAUCAGGUAGGAAGUAUUCCACUUGAUUGGGCUUUGGGAGCUUUUAUUCUGCAAACUACAAAUGAUGCAGAUAUACAGAACCAUGACUGGGUUGCCACCAUUUUCAGUAAUGGAUCGCCUACUCUCCUCUCACUGGUUGGAAUUUUUAUGAUACUGUUGUUUACAGCAUGGUCUAUAUCUCGGUGGAGGAAACCUCAGCUGAAGACAAUUUAUGACCUAGAAAAGGGACGUUAUAUAACUACGCGAGUUGGUAGAUAAUGCUUUGAUUGCAGAUCAGAUCCUUGUUCUUGGUAUACAUACAUGGAGGCAUGUUGUGAUUUUUAAGGAAACUAUUUAUCCUUUCUCACUUGAUGCCGCAUCAUACCAUCAAGGCCAUGCUAGUGGGACUGAGAUUGUAUAUCAUUUGGCUUUGGAUGCAGCAUGUGCUGAUACUAUUCUUGAGGAACUAGUAUAGAAAAGUAAGUUUCAUUUUGAGUUUAGCCGAAUCCAGGAACCUGGUAUUUUGCCACUCGCUAUACUGGUUACAGAUAACAAUAGUAGGGCAAGAAGUGGAGCAAGUCAGUCUAGGAGAAUUGCUUGGUGGAAUUGGAUGCUGCAUCCUUCAACAGAAAAUACCUUAUGUGAUCUUUGUGUAAUUUUACCUAACUUUGUAACAAAAAAGAAAGACUCAACUGGUAUAUUUGCCAAUUGCUAAAUGCAGAGAGGAACUUAUCCUCAUGUGAGGAGUGAUUAUGUCCAUUGGUUGAAAUUGAAAUUUAAUCGAGUUUCAUUAAACCGUGGAAAA